UUACCUUUUGCACAAUAAUUAAAAACAAACAAAAAAAAUCCAAAACUCUUCUUAAAUUUAAUUAUUAUUAAAAAUAAAUCCAUCAAAUGGACAAUUGCGUAAUUUGUUUAGAAACGAAUGACGAUGACAUGUUUUCCCGUAUUACUUCUAUGUCCAGCGAAUGGAUUGAAGGAAAAAUACAACGAAUAAUUGAAAAACAUUUGUGGUGGUGGUAUUUAAAACCUUCAUCUGUGAACAAGGAUUUUCUACCAUGGAUUUGUCGUCAAUGUUGGCAGGAAAUAUCAACCUUUCAUAGCUUUUAUUGUAAAGUAGAAAAAGCGCACAGAGAUUAUCAAACUAUUUUCAUAUCUCUAGGGCAAGCAAGUUCUGGAGAGAAAACUGACAAUGUCGACGUUAAACAGGAGUCGGAAAAUGCAGUGGAAUAUUCUGCCAAAGCGAGCGAAAGAAUUAAAACUCGGAAACGAAUUAAAACCAUAGAAAAUCUUGAAGAUGACGAUAUGAAUUUAUUAGAAGUUAAAAGAGAAUUUUACUUUAAUCCUGAUGAUAAUGAUGGCCAGUUGGAGGAAGAUCUAAUUUGUAAUAAUAAAGACGUUUUAUGCUUUGACGCAUUAGAUGUACAAAAUUUUGAAGAUUGUAAAGUCUUCGAAGAAAAAGUCUUGGAAGAGUUAGGAAAUGAUGAAGGCCAUAAGCAGCUCAUAAAAAAAUCUAGAAAAGUAAAAUCCCGAGAAAAGACCAAACGAAAAACUAAACUUGACCCUGAUGCUAAAAAAACGCCAAAGAAAGUAAAACAAAAUAAGACCAAGGAAGAGCUGAAAGUUAACACUACUACUGAAAAUGUUAAAUCUGAUAUUUUCACUGAUAGUGAACAUAAAUUGGAAUGUUGUAUUUGUAAUGUAGCUCUAGACGAUUUCCGUGCAGUUAAACAGCAUUAUCGCAAUGAACACAAUACUAAGGGUUAUACUAUGUGUUGUGGUAAAAAGUACUUUAAAAGCUGCUUACUCAUCGAUCACUUAAGAGUACAUAAAGAUCCAAAUUAUUUUAAAUGCACAGAAUGUGCAAAAGUGUUUGCCACACGCCGAGGCCUGGAAAUCCAUUUAGAAAUACAUCAAACGCGCGAACGCAAAUUUAACUGUAAUGAAUGUGGCAAAUCGUAUUUUAAGCUACACGUCUUCGAACGUCAUAAAUUAAGCCAUGUGCCAGAGAGUGAAAGACACUAUAAUUGCUCGCAAUGUGACAAGAAAUUCGCCUCCGAUUAUUUACGCCGUCAACAUGAAGAUUUAACGCAUGAAAAGAAAUAUGACAAAAUUUGCGAUAUAUGUGGCAAGUCAUUUCGGCAUCGUUUUUCAUUUAUACGUCACAUGGAAGAACACGAUGGAACGACGCCCUCUUUGGUAACCUGUGAAAUAUGUGGUGUUAAACUAACAAACAAAUACGGUCUAAGAAGACACAUGAAAAUGCGCCAUUUGGAAGAAAAUAUGCAGGAACAGAUAUGCCCCUAUUGUUCCAGAGUUUCGCCAAAUCUUAAUGCUCAUCGUAUGCACAUUAAGUACAAUCACACUAUGCAGCGUAAACAUGCUUGUCAUUUGUGUGACAAGGCAUUUAGACGCCCUCUGGAGCUAAAGGAACACUUAAGUACACAUACCGGCGAAGCAUUAUAUACAUGUCCACAUUGUCCCCGUACCUUUAUAUCAAAUGCUAAUAUGCAUAAACAUCGCAAAAUAGCCCAUCGCCAGGAAUGGGAAGAGGCACGUUUGAAGAAGCUGAAUGAAAAGGGUGUGAAGUGUGUGAACGUGACCAAUGGUGUGGCCGAAAUCCAGAAUAGCCCAGAAAAUUUAGUAUAGAUACAGGUGUAUUAAUUUUUUUAAAUAAAUUUGAGAAAUCAAUUUUUGAGUUAUUUUCGAUUGAUUUCAGAAAGUGAUAGACUAGAUAUAGACUAGACUAUGGUUUAUUAUAGACCGAUCAUAUUGUUGCAAAAUUUUGUCCCGAUAUGGUAUUUGUUAAUAAAUUAACUUACGAAAGUGGAUCGAUAUUUUAAUGUCAAAUAUAUAUAUCAUUUCUAUUUAUAUAUUUUUUAUAGGGUCCUUCUCACGAAGGUGAGAAGGAUAGAAUUUUGAUUAAGUCCCUCAUUAACAUUUUACUC